AUGGGAGACGCCGUCCGUGGAUGGUGUGUGUAUGUGUUGCGUGGUCCUUAACGUAGCUAAAUUAAACUAGGUAAGACCUCGGGGUAUUGAUGUAUCGCACGACGACACAUCGCAGGUGAUAUUUCAACUCGUCACGUGGGCCGCGUACGGCUGACCCGAUGCGAUCCUAUUGUGUUACCACGCGGACAGGUUAUCCGUUUGUAGGUUAGGAACACAUCGCGGACGCGCAUUUCCCGCACGUUACGCGCGCGUAGCGUCAUGGAUUUACCCGGGAGCGGCUCGUCAUCCCGCGAUCUGCCCGCCAAAUGUUCCCGCUCGCUACCGCAAUUCUCCGAGCUGCGUUCAGUGCCGACCGUUACCGCCGCCGCCGCCGCCGCCAUCGCCGCCAUCGCGGCAGACGGACGUAGUGUGCAGUCGCAGGGGAUGCAAACUACUCCCCAGGUAGUCACGUCCCCUCAAGAGGCCUCGGCAAGCACACUCAGCAAACUCCUUGCGGCGUCUUGGCAGGACGUGUCAACUGUGCUCCAACUGUGCGACAAGCAAGUUCUGAAUCAGAUAAUUAGUGUCCCGAAUUAUGGUCAAAAUAACGGGACGCUCGGUGCACAAUCCAGCAGUUUUAAUUUUAUCAAUAAUCCCUAUUUACCCUCCACGUCGCAAGCUGAUACUGUAAAGCAAGAUUCGGAUAUCCAGCCUAAAGAGAAGAUUUCAGAUAAGGAAACUGAAAUUAUGAUAAAACAUAAUCAGACAGCAGUUAUGGCCGAUUAUUUUCACAAAUUAUCUGAAGUACCUUCUUCUCUACGCGAAGCAUUUGGAAGCGUAUGUGCGGAACAAGUAAAAAAAGAGAAAUUACGAGAAGAGAAAAUAGAACACACUCAGAAUAAUAUUUUAAAUAUACCAAAUAUCAGGAAUCACUUUUAUUUACAAAAUGGUAAUAAUUUUGCAAAUUCGGAUCACGUGACUGUUUCGAAUGAUUUAAAUCUGCAAAAUGAACAAGAAAUUGAAAACAGUUUGCGAAACGUUCUAAAAGUCGAACAGCAGGUACAAACCGACUUGCCGAAAAUUGAGAAAAAGCCGAAAUUUCGAGCGAAAAUUGGCGAGAUUAAAGUCAGCAAUUUCGAUGGGAUUACGUUUUAUUGUUGCCCAGAAUGCAAUUUAGCACUUCCAGACAGAACGGAUGUUGAACAACAUAUACAGAGCCAUUUACAGGAGCGAAAAUACCAAUGUAAGGAGUGUGGUGCCAUGUUAAAAAGAAAGGAGCAUCUUGAUCAACAUAUGCGAGGACAUUCGAACGAGCGACCUUAUAAAUGCGACGUAUGUAAGAAAGCGUUCAAGAGGAAUGAACAUUUAACAAGACAUACCGUAAUCCAUUCUGGCAACAAGGAUUUUGCGUGCAGCAUGUGCCAGAAAGCGUUUUCACGUAAGGAUCACUUGAAUAAACAUCUUCAAACGCAUUUAGGCAUUCGUAAGAAUAAAAUGAAGGAAGAUUCUUACUUUUUUGAGCAAAAAGAUACAACAAGAGUAUUCGAUAACAGCAUCGAUAUUGCGGCGGCGCCUAAACAAGAGAUAAGUUAUACUCUAAAGGAUAGUAGUUUAUCGAAACAGGAAAAUGCUUUUCUACAACAAUUUCAGAAUUUUCAAAAAAAUCCGACUUUAUUGCACACGUUUGCUUCCCUUAAGGAACAUAUGAAAGAUAUAACUAUGCCUGAACAGGCACAGAGCAGUAAUAUGAAUGAAAAUUCAAGGUAUAUAAUGCCGUCUUAGUUGUAGAUUAUAUCCGCAUAUGUUCCAAAGCAAUACAUGGCGGAUAAUAAAGCCGUCGUAGGUAAUUUCAAUUUUUAAAUUCAUAUUUUGUCAUUGGAACAAUUAUAACUUUGAGACUUAUAGUUUAAUUUCAAUAUGUCAAAAUGUUUUAAAAUUGGAUUAAAGUCGUAUAUAUUGCUUGAAAAAUGUGUAUUGCGAUAAAGAUAUCAUACAGCCUAUCUCCUCUAUUCUAAUGUCAUUGGGACCGAGCACAUUUCCUCUAUUCUACAAUUUCUCCUCAGUCCUUAUUUUUAUACUAAUGAUGCAGAAUGAAGAUAUUCUUGUACAAUCUGUUUUUUGUUUAAUUUAUGAUUUAUAGUGUAACAAGUGUUAGCUGAUUAUUAAUAUAAAUACAAGUUGCAGAAUAGCAAUAUAAAAGGAGAAACUCAGUUUAGAGGAAGUUACUAAUUUAGAGAAAAAUUUGGAAUAGAGGAGUUCUGUAUAUCGUCACAUGUCAAUCUCGCAUCUUUAAUGCGAUAAUACGUUGAAAUAGUUAUGUGCUAAGCUAUGAGAUAAGCUGUGAUUAUCUGAAUAUCUUUAGUAUUCUUGUCUUUCCAGUGUUUCUUCCUCGUUGUCACCUCCAUUUUAUUACGUUAUUUUGAUUGUAUAAAAAUUGAGUUUUACAAUACAAGAAAGUAUCACUGAUUCUUAUAUUUAAAAAUAUAAGAUGCCUUUAUCUGAUAAAAAAUUUUGUCUUACAAUUUCUUUUGUAAACUUGUUAGUAAUCACGAUACGAACACAAAUGCAAGCGCACGCACAUUGCAAUUCUUAAAUAAAUUAAAUUUCAAAAGAAUUGAUAAUCGUUAAUGUAUACAUUAAUGUAUUAAUGUAAUUCUUCUCUAAUCGCCUUAAUUCUUGGAAUCCUAGAAACACAAUAUUUUAAAAUUUAUUCCAAGAUUUUUCUUACGUCCUACAUAAAAUAAGCAUUUUAAAACGAAAAUAAAAAAUUGAUGAGAGGAAUUAUUAUAAUAAGGAAACAUCAAUUUAUGUAUAAUAAUUGCAUGCUUGUCUGCCUUACUUAAGUUAGUCAUAAGAAAUAUUAGGAAAUAUUAUCAACAAUCUAGUCCAUUGUCAUCAUUUUUAAUUUUAAUGAUUACUUGCAUUAAGCAAAGACUCAUUUUGGACAUUUGGACUUUUUCGCGUAAUUAAAACGUAAUUACAUUAAAACUUCAUAAAGAAUUAAGCAUAAGAAUAAUUAUGUGAGAGAUAUUGCUAAAAUUCUGAAUCGUCACAAAAGUAAAUUUGCUGAUAAUAUAAAAGGUGUUUUUUUUUAAAAAAAAGAAAUGAAUUAUUCCGUAAUUGUUCUGUGAUCCAGAUAUUCGGAAGUUUCUUGCUCUUUGUCGCAGUACUUUUCUUUUACAUAUUUUUUAUUUUAUUAACUGAAAUUCGAAAAACAAAAUUGAUUGAAAUAUGUGAAAAGAUAUGAAAUGUGUAAUAACGAUACAAUGCGUGAGAGUUUAGUCCAAGUUCUGAUACUUGAUAUUAAACAGAAGUUUAAAAUUUGGUAUAGGCAUUGAAAUAUUAUCUACGGUAAAUAAAAAUAGUAAAUUGAUAUACUACCAAAAAUUUUGUUUAAAAUUAUUGGUCAGUAUAUCAGAUCAUUCUUAUAUUUAAUACUGUCUCAAGUACAGUCCUAAUAUGUCAUAAAUUAAUUACAGAGUUAUGUUAGCUCUAUGAUUAGUUAUACGAAUUUUAAAACCUUACUUAAGAUAAUUUUGAAAUGUGUUAUCAGAUUAUGAUCGCAGAUAAGAUACAUUAUUAUUAGGUAGAACAAUUACAAUUCUAUCUGGCAAAAUAUUCAUUAUGAUAAAUUUUUAUAUUUACAAAAUAGCUUGACCGAAAAAUAUCUGAGAGACCAGUAUUUUUUCCUAUAUGUCUCGAGUUACAUUUAUAUUGAUACGACAUAGAAAUGUGUUCUAAACAUAACGUAAAACGAAUUCAGUUUUGCCAUUCAAAAUUAAUUCUUGUGCGAAAUGCGUUAAGCGAUAUUUCCUUGAAUAACUUUCAUUGGUUUACAGGUAAUUUUUUAGUUAUUAUUUCUCAUCUUUUGUCUAAGUAAAUCACUCCUCAUCUUCUCCAUUUUGUCAUUUAUUGUUUUGAAAGUUAAUUAUUUGAGAGUCAAUAGAAUAUCGCGCUGGUUAUCUAAAAAAUAGACUAAGUCUCUUUGAUAAAAUUUUAUUAAAUCCCCAUGGUUAUUUUUUUUCGUAGAAUUUGUUUUUUUAUAUGAAUAAUUAAGUUUUCAGAAAAAAACUUUUUUUGCUUUUGUUUUACGUCACAUUUUACCUCACUAAUAUUUAAAUGGAGAUUCUAGUCUAGAAAAUGAUUUUCAAGAUUGAAUUUCAUAAUCUUUUAAAUAAAAGCUAUUUUUAUAACAUUAUCGUGAUACGUUCUUCAAAAAGAAAUACUUUACAUUAAAUAAUAAAAAUAAACUUACCAUAUAAUUUGAUUUUAUAUUUAAGUAUAAUUUUAAGAUGCUAUCAAUGAAUUAUAGAGUCAUAUUAGCAUCUUAAGACAUUAUUUAAGAUAGUCCGAAAAUAAAAUUCGAACUAUGAAUCUCGAUUUUUGUCGCUGUUGCACUAGACUGAACUAAAAAAUUUUCUAUUUCUCCAAACUUCAAAUAUAUACAUAUAUCUAUUUUAUUUUAAGUACAAGUAUGUACUUAAAAUAAAUAUUAUAUACAAUAGGUUUAGACUACAUAUGCUAGUAGUCUAAACCUAUUGUCUUAAAACCGACAAAUUGGAGAAUUUCUAACCAUCCGCAACAAAUAUGCUAACGAAAUUAUUAGUAUAUGAAUGUAUUUUAUCUGAAUGUGUUUGAUAAAAACUUAUAUUAAAAAUAAAAUGGUAGUACUAUAAAUAUUCAAGUUACAAAUUUUAAAACAAUUUUUUCUUUAAAAAAUUAUUUAAGAUAUUGAUUGAUUAUAAUAUGAUUUUAAUAUGAAUAAUAGCAAUGUUUUCGUAGAUAAAAAAUUACGUUGGCUCGCGUUUUAGAUUAAUAGAAAUCUUCCAAUUAUGCCCACUUAAGAUAAAAGACAUUUUAAGAUAAACUAUGCCUAGUGAUUUAUAUCUGCGAUUUGAGAAUAUUAUUUUCUAGAAACCUUAAAAAAUGUAUGCAUAUAUAGCUUUAACUUCAAUAAUAUGUGAAACUUUAAAUUUCUUUAUUUAAUAGCUUAUGUUUAAAAAAUCAUGAAAUUUAACCUUGAAAAUUGCUUUGUAGAAUUCUCCCUUACAUAAAGUUUAAAAAAAUAUAUGAUUAUGUAUAAUUACCUAUAAUCUAAAAUUAUUAAAUAGCAAAAGUUACAUUAUAUUUUACAUGUGGAUAAGCAGUGUUUGUGAAUAAGUUGCAUUUGACAUUAUUUUUAUCAUACCCACCUGUUUGACAAUUCACAUUUAAUUUGUACAUAUCCUAGAGCAAGAAGUUUGAGAGACUUCCACUGCAUAUUGUAUAUUCGCGACGAUUAUGAUUAUAGUUUCCCUAAUGUUCUCUUGUGUACGUGCGAUUGUGUAUGUAUGCGUUAGGUAUAUGAAUUAGAUGAUGGUACUGAAUGCACAUACCGGAUUCUGGUAUCACGUAAUAUAACCAAAGACUUCAUAUACACAUGCGUAUGUCAAACAGUAUUCUAGGUCAUUCGCGCUGGGAUCUUUUUAUUUAAUUCUUCGUAAGUCAUUCUGAUAAUUUAAUAAAUGCUUCUUGAAUGAAGGAUCUUUGCAUAAAAAAGGAGUGGUAAAUUUUUUUUUAAUCAGACGAUGGUUUUCUUAGCGAUGAUUUCUCUCAAUUUAUCUCACUGAGAUUAGAGAUAAUGUAAGGUAAUAGAACUUUUUAAACAAUGAAUGUACAUUUAUAGGACUUGUGUUUAAGCACUGUUUUGAGCAGUGGAUGUGCGUUAACAAGACUUUAUGCAUUUAUCCCACAAGAGAAUUGUUAUUGUAUAGUGAUAACAAAAAAA